CGGACGGUCUUUUUCCUCAGAGUCUGCUAGCAAUACUCGUCACGCAUGCGAUGACUACCUUAGUUCUGCGUGUACAGCAGUCGGAGCACAUGCGCCCUUCGCUGAUGUGCGCGCGAGCGAACCAAAGCAGAGCGUGAUCGUGGGGGAAAAAAGAGUUCAUAUGACAACCUCCUUAGUCCUUAACCCUCGCUGGUCGGCGGAAACGGUAAUGUUUGUUUAUGACAAUAAUCUGGACGAGUUCAACAAGAACAUGGAGGGGCUGGUGGGCAGCGGGAACUUUGCCACCCCCAGCGCGGUGAACCAGUGUCGCAACAUAAUGGCUCACUCGGCGGCCGCGGCUGCACUAGGCGGCCACCCCCCGGGUUUGAUGCAUUCUUCAGCGAGCUACUCCAACGUGGACGUGUCGGUGUCGGGCCCCGGUGAUGCGUCCGCGUCGGUGAAAACGUGCGCGGCGGGACCGUGUUCGGCAGCGACCGUGCCCCACCAGAGCACUUCUGCAGCCCCCGCUUUACCUUACGGCUACUUUGGUAACGGCUACUAUCCGUGUAGGAUGGGGCGUGGUCCGGUCAAAUCGUGCACGCAGGCUGCCGGAGCCGCACUCAGCUCUCAAUACAUGGACACCACCGUGAGCUCCGAUGAAUACCCCAACCACAGGCCAAAGGAGUUCGCCUUUUACCACGGCUACCCCAGUCCUUACCAGUCCAUGGCAAGCUACCUGGAUGUGUCCGUGGUCCAAACGUUGGGGACUGGUGAGCCGCGCCAUGACACCCUCCUCCCCAUGGAAGGCUAUCAGCCAUGGGCUCUCACCAACGGCUGGGGGGGACAGAUGUACUGUUCCAAAGAUCAGGGGCAGGGUCACCUCUGGAAGUCCGCGUUGGCUGAUGUGGUUGCCCACCAGCAAGAAUGUUCCCCUUUUCGUCGAGGAAGGAAGAAACGAAUACCUUACACAAAGGUGCAGCUUAAGGAGCUGGAGAAAGAAUACGCCGCCAACAAAUUCAUCACGAAGGACAAGAGGAAGAAAAUUUCGGCCGCGACCAACCUUUCGGAGAGGCAGAUCACCAUCUGGUUCCAGAAUAGGAGGGUAAAGGAGAAGAAGUUUGUGACUAAAGUGAAAAACAGCACGCCUUAGCAUUCUGCUCAUUCGAACCAUCACCUGGGGGGAUUAGUGUUCGCUUAAACACCGAGUUGACGCAUUUGGGUGAUCAAUCAUGAAAUGCUCCAACAUACCGUGACUGAUUUCGUCCAACACGAAAGACGCAUAUAUGCAUCACGUAAGGAAGUAGGACUUAUUAAAGGACAUAUGAAUGAACCAAAGCCCUCUCAUAAACAUUUUGUAAAUAUGGCAUUUUUGUAAAUAUGUCAUCAAUUCACGUUGAACUGUCUUGUCUAUGUUAAUUUGCUAUUGUUGUCUGUAUGUCAGAUAUGCCUUCACGUCGUGUUCAUAACGCGUUCACAUUUCUCUUUCGUUUGAAUGGGAUUUUAAAAAAGACGCUUUAGACGUCAGUGCAUUAUCAACGAGACCUCAAAUGUAAAUACUUA